AUGUUGACAUUUCUUUCCACGGAAGCAACCGAGCCUCAAGUCGCUACGGAGUCAGCCGCUGCUUGUGAAGACCACAAAAAGGUCACAAGAUCUGUUCGCAGCUACUGUGGACGAGACGAGCCUGGGACCUUGCAGCUGCUCGUCUGCUAUGAUACUGUGACCAGCAACCUUCCUCGCUCCAGUAAGACGCCAUUGAGAAGGUGCCAGCCCCUCGAUCUGACGCCAAUUGGACGACACACUGCGAAACGGAAGCGAGUGUUGAGGAGGCACUGCAAUUUGCCCGAGUCGCCAUCUCCAUCAAUGUCUUGUCCGAAACUCGAACAUUUCAGCCACCACCUCGGACCCCCGGGCUCGAAUGAUAGAAGAUUGGAUCUAGAGUCGAGGAUGAAGAAGACAAUCGGGCAAAGUAGCAGCGACAAAUGGGUAUCUCCCAACAAAUUCGCAGGAUUCAUCCAGACCUCCAGAAAAGAUUCUCCAAAGUCAGAACGGAAGCCAUACGGCGCCACAAUGCUCAUCCCAACGCGAAUCCUCACGCCGAGAAGCAGCACCGAUGUAGCACCAGACCAUCAUUCCACAAUCAUCUCCGCAAACAACAUGGCGAUGGACACCGCGCCAAACAAUCGAGUCGUAGGCAUCGUGGCCGCGGGCAUCGUGGUCUUCCUCCUCAUCGCCGCCUUGGUCGGAUGGUACAUCUACUUUCAGCGCAGACAACACCGAGCCGUUCGAGAAUCCCUGGUCGAGCUCAGAGCGCCAGUUUGGAGCCCGCGACCAGACAGCUCAAUUCGUCCUCCCUACCAGUCCGCCAGCAGCCAAGAUAGAACUUUCGGAUCGGCAUUUCAGACUUGCUAG